GGUUAGACAUGGGGAAGUGAUGUAUUCCUGUGCUGCAAUCGUUCCAGGAAACAGAUUACAGUCCCCAGCAAGGUUCAGAUUUUCGUCUAACUUCUUCUUUUGUGUACAGAGCUGUAGCCAGUAUUGAAAAUAUUAAACGUUAAGCCUCCAGGUUUCCAUUUAAAUUGUAUCAUUUAACUCUCUUUUUUUUCCUUUGUUUUUAAGAACUUGGGUUGUCAAGAAUUCACGAUGAAGAGCCUUUUUUUGUCUCUCGUAGUUGUCUCUGUUCUGUUUAUGAACAGCUUCUCAGAAGUACAGGGAAAGAAAUGGAAAGGUGAAGGUACAACAAAAAACCUGGAAAGUAUUGUCAUUGGAAGAUGCUAUAACUAUAUUAGAAUUGUGAAUCCUGCUGUUGGUGAGAAGAAUUGUUCAGAGAUAUGGGAAGCGUUUAAAAAUGCAUUUAUUAACAAGGAUCCUUGCAGCAUUCUACCUAAGGACUAUGAAUUAGUUAUCAACCUGUCAUUGCACACAAUUCCACCUAACAAGUCUCUCUUCUGGGAAAAUAAUCAGCUGCUAGUCAAGAGCUUUGCUGACAGAGGCCGUCGCUACAUGUCUCUGAGUGAUACUCUGUUUGGCUUCUUUGGAGAUUUUCUAAACUGGUGUGGGCAGGCAAACAGUGCUGGACUGGACUAUGAAUCCUGCCCUACCACGAAGGAAUGUGAAAACAACGCGGUGGACUCUUUCUGGAGGAUGGCCUCAAUCACUUAUGCACAGCACAGUUCUGGGGUGAUACAUGUCUUGUUGAAUGGUUCUGCAGUCGGAGGAGCUUAUCCAGAACCAGGUUUUUUUGCAGAUUAUGAAAUACCUAAUCUCCAGAAAGACAAAAUCUCAAAAAUUGUCAUCUGGGUUGUGGAUGAUAUUGAAGGACCAGAUAUAGAGUCCUGUGGAACUCACACUGUAAAAAUAUUAGAAAACAGGCUAAAAACCCUUGGUUAUGAUGUCACCUGCACUGACAAUUACAAGUCUGUAAUGUUCUUACUCUGCCUGGAUUAUCCUGAUGAUUCUAAGUGUACCCUUUCAUCGUUUUAAACCAUUUCCCUGAAAGUUUUGUGAUGUGGGUACAUUCCUCAGCUGAGGAAACCUGGAUGAGAAAGCUUUUGGAAACCAUUAAUGUCUUUUUCCUUUCGCCUAAGGGAUGAGCAUACCAGUUCCCCAGUAUUACCACAUAGCACUUACAGUAUGUAAGCAGGGGAGCAGCCACCCCUUUCUUUCCAUCCAUGUUGGUACUUAAAUUAAUAUAAUCACUAGUGUAUUCUAAGCACCAAUCUCAUGCUCUCCUGGGGCAACUACUAAGCAACUCAGCUGUUAUCAUCAUCUUAGGAAAAGUUUCCUUGCUUCUUUCCCUCCUGAGCCUUCUAUUCCCUCCUGUAUGCAUGGCAAUGUAAUAGGCUUGAUAUUGGCUUCGUAUCUAUGAUAACCCUAAUCAAGACAGAGCUUCCCAAUCUGAAUGCUAACUAUCAUUGCCACUCCCUGAAAUUUAAGUAGCUAAAAUACUUCAAGCCAAUGAAUACUUACACUUUUCCCCAAAUCACUUACUUCUCUGCGAUAAAGAACAUCUCCAUUGAAAUUAGCUGCUCUUUCAGAAAGAGCAUUAAGCAGAUGUAUAUAAACUAUUUGAUGAUUAUCUUCUAGAUCUGUUUUCUCUGUGGAUGGAUCCCCGCUCCCUGAUGGUCCAUUAACUGACAUGGGAACAGUUUGGUCAGUAGUGGUAUCACUAUUAAGAGCGUGUAUCUGUUAGGAAAAAGUUUCCUUUGCAGAGUGUGCUCAGCGUACACUCAGUGUUCAUGCUUCCAUAAUAAAUAGUGAGACUAGGCAUGCAGGCUCUGUUGCAUCCCCUUUCACAACGGCUAUUUUCUCUUACAAGACUAAUAGCUGCCUUCUCAGCCUCUGGAGAAUAUCGUCCCGAGCCCAGAAACAUUAGAGUUGUGCAAGUGACUUUUUUGUCACUGCAACUCCCGUUACAUUGGCAUACCAAAGGAGAGGGCUGUGUCAGGUCAGCAGAGGGAUGGCCUCUGUACAGAACGUGCUGUAAUGUACUUGGGGCUUCUUGGGUAGUGGUAGCGCCCCUUAACUCCUCUCCAGACUUGAACUGUGUUCCUGCCGAGUCAAAAUUUGGACUUUGGCUUGUUGACACCCUGAUGUUUGAAGAAAACUUGUAAGUAAAAAAAUACCCACUAGGUGGCAUAGAUGGCUUACAAACAUAAGCAGAAAGGAAGCCAGAUGCAACCUAUUAGUAGUGGUAUUUAUUACUUGCAUUACUGCAAUGUCAGGGAGACUUAGAAAUGGAUCUGGAUGCUGUUGUAUCAAGUGCUGUAAAAAUAUAGACCUCUAGGACCACUGCUGUCUAGAAGAGCUCUAUACAAUCUCAAGCAUAAGGCCAGAGACAGUAAAUGGAUGUGGAGAGACAAGGAGGCUCAGGUAUUAAGAUAGAAAAGAGUGUUCCCAGGGUUUUGCACAGAUAUCCUGUUUAUAAAAUCAUGACAGCCAAAAAGAAUCUGGUGGCGAGCUCUUACAAAGAAACUUCUAGCUUAGCACUUGGACUGCAAACUUCAUCCUUGGCAACAAACCCCUGAUAUUUAAAAGAAUCCUAACUCAGCUCUGUGCUGUGAACAUCCUGUUUGUUUUCUUUUCUUCAGAUCUGCACCAGCAGCACAAAGAGGACCUAUAUCUUCGGACAGAGGAGGCAGCUGGAACAAGCUCCUGUUUGUUUCUUUUCUAGGCUUUUUGUUCAGAUUUGCUUUAGUGUAGUAAGUUAAUCAACUGAAUCCUUAUCCUCUGUUUGCCUUAGCUGGCUAUAAAUUUGUCUUCAACUAGUUUCUAACUGCAAUUUCACCCUACUUCUGGGACUGGCAAACCUGCAUAUUAAAACCUUCUAUCUAGAUACCAACUACUUUUGGUAUAAAAAAUUACUGCUACUAGAAAGCCUCACCCUUCAUUUUGUUUUCUGGAAUAGAAGAAAUCCAUUGCCAUUUCCUCUUAUCCUUAUUCUCCAGAAUUAAACUGAGAAUAAUACUUCCUAUUCACGUAUUUCAGAAAUAGAAGUGAAACUAUGCCUGUCAUACAUCUCCCACACAGCUUCUGUUUUUACUAGCAUUUGGCCUUCGAAACUAAGUGUCUGAUUAUCAUGUUUUGGGAAGGGCAAAUAUGAAUUCAGAUGGGAGAGAGCUUAGAUUGCUCACUUGGUACAAGAUACAAUAGGCGAGACAGUGGAAAAAUUAAACUCCUUUUCAUAAGUGGUCCAGUACUUGGGCCAAACUUACCUGAAACUAUCAUACAGUGAGAUUCUGGCUUACAUACUUGUGUACAGUAUUUUACCACAUAAUAUGGAUUGCUUUGUCAUCCAUACAGCUGUUCCUCAGCUAGCUGUUUCCUGGCCACUGGAUAGCCAAUAGUCAGGAAUACCAGGCCUAGAAAGUUCCACAGUGUCCUGGUUUCGGCUGUGGUAGAGUUCAUUUUUCUUUCUAGUAGCUGAUACAGUGUUAUGUCUUGGAUUCAGUAUGAGGAGAAUGUGGAUAACACACUGAUGUUUUCCGUUGUUGCUACAUAAUGUUUAUACUAAGUCAAGGACUUUUCAGCUUCUCAUACACAGCCAGCGAGAAGGCUGGAGGGGCACAAGAAGUUGGGAGGAGACACAGCCAGGGCAGCUGACCCAAACUGGUCAAAGGGAUAUUCCAUGUCAUGUGAUGCCAUGCCCAGUAUAUAAACUGGGGGGAGUGGGCCUGGGAGGGAUCUCUGCUCGGGAACUAACUGGGCAUUGGUUGGCGAGUGGUGAGCAAUUGCAUCAUGCAUCAUUUGUAUAUUCCAAUCUUUUUAUUAUUAUUGUCAUUUUCUUAUUGUUAUUAUUAUCAUUAUUAUUUUCUUCCUUUCUGUUCUAUUAAACUGUUCUUAUCUCAACUCACAAGUUUUACCUUCUUCCUUCCCAUUUUCCCCCCCAUCUCACUGGUGGGGGGGGAAGUGAGCGGGCAACCGCAUGGUGCUUAGUUGCUGGCUGGGGUUAAACCAUGACGCACAGGUUUUCCACCAUGAUGUGAUGGUUGAUCACCAUGAUGUGAUUUAUGGCAUAUCAAAUUCAGACGAGAACCUGCCAAGUUUUCCUUACCUAUGCUGAAACAUCCUUUGAUUAGUUCCUUCAACAUCCUCCUCAUUUUUAUUGCUUGUUUGAUGCUCUCUUUAACAGCAGCUGCCAGAAUAAUGAGAGGUAUUUGUUUGUAACACAGACACAGCUCAGAUAACUAAACCCAAGCAAUUUUGAUCAGUCUUGUAUUUGUCCACAGCAGAUCACAUCAUGACACAUUUUGGACCACAGGCUGUAGAGGUAGUGCAUAUGAGGCUCCCAGAUAGGUGUCCAAGCCAUUGUUUGGUGUAGUGUUGUCCUACCCACUAACCUGCAUAUUAUAGUGUGUGUGGAAUUCAGAGAAUAGCUUAAUACCUUUAACAAGCCAUAUGCCUCUCAGGCAACUUCCAUCCACAAGCCAAGCAUCCCAGCUGGCCAACUUUUGCUUUCCAGCCUAUGAAAGCUUUCCAGCCUCUGGAUGCAAUCCACUCUAGCAGCACAGUCAGUGCUGGCUGUUACAUAUAAUACCAAACACACUGUAGGAAGUGCUAAAUAAUUCUGUUUUGAAAAAAAAAGUAAAAUACAGAAUAGGAUAGAUAGGAUUCAAAUAAUUUGAGGUUAUUUGCUGCGUAACCUUGUAUCAGGAACACCACACUCAGAAAUCUCUUGCAGUGUUCUUGCCUCUUUUCCCAUUACUUCAACUCGGUACCAAAGACAGCAAUUUUUUUUCCAAUAUCUUUUGAAUAAAGUGUCUCAAACUUGCUGGAAAAGCUUGGAAAGAUCAGUAAAGAUUUUUAGCUAACCAACUAAUAUAGCUGGGAAAAAAAGAAGGCAAAGUUUUAGAUACAUAGGCUUCCUGAGAUCUUCAAGGCAGCAAAUUUCAAGCUGAAUGUGGAUCAUUUGUUCUGAGUUUAAUGUAAUGGUUUUAAUCUGUGUGAAAGAACAGUGUGACUGGCAUCUUUGAAGCAGAGAGGCAGAAGUGUCAGCAAAGCGAGAAACAAUAAGGUCAUUUGUUACUCCCAGAGGGAGGGAGAGAUAUGAACAAAAAGUUGUGAGCAAGAGAAUCCCUUAUAUCUCUCUUUUUUAUUUCUACAUCUACAAAGUGUGUGAAUAGUGCUAUUUACACAUAUAUUUUACACUUACAUGGUGAGAAUCGGCUAGGUAUGACUGUGGUCUGUCUUGAACACUUGGGGUAAAUGCUCUGGUUAGCAAUGUCUCAUGUAACAGCUGUGCCAAAUUUGGAGAAAUCAUAAUGUCCAAAAGACAUCUGCCCUUCUCUGUAAACUCACAGAGGCCUGGUAAUGUUCAGCAGGGUCCUUCAAAUAUAGAUUCAAAAUGUUUCAAUCAUUCAUACUUGUACUAGCAGUACUGCAAAAACAGCUUCCUCCAGACCUGAAUUCAAGGGGGAAAAUGUUUCAUAAGAAAACAUUAUGUAUAUCGCUUCAUUUUGAAUCCAGCUGGAUGCCACAGUCCUGUGUAGAUCUGUUAAUAUCCAACUACUUAUGACAAAUUAAAGCAUCACGUACAGGAGCAUUACAAGGUGCUCUGCAUUUCUGCAGACAGACCUGUGGAAGCUACUGAUACUAAAGUGGUAUUUCCUGUCUUUGCCCAUAUUGUGGACCACUUAAGAACUCAGUUAUGUCACACUCUUCACUCCUAUAUAGAAAUAAAUAUCAUCUCCCCUUCUGCUAACCUACCUUUUUUUCCUGCUGCAUGUGUUCCAGUCAUAUCUGACAAAAGCCAAACUCUAAUUCAGAGUAAUUCCUUUUUUCAGCAUGUAUGUGCAUACACACAUCUAGAUCUGCUCAUACCUGCUCUGUCUACUUCUAAAUGCAAACUCUCAAGUGCUCUGGAGUAAGAAGUUAUGAGAAUAAAGCAAGGACAACUGGUUCACCUCUCUGCCCUUUUUAUACUGCUGGUGUUUAUUUUUGUCGUAUUGGCCUCGAUGUGAUAUUCAGCUGACAUGACUGUGUUUCCAAUCAGCAAUCUUAAAUGUAGUGAAACUUGAACUGAAGAUUCAAGAAGUUGCAUAAUACUUAUUGUUCAAAGAAAGCUAACUCUUUUGACAGUUUUCUUUUCAAUGGAUUAGCUAGAAAUAAUUCUGAUGUGUUCUGCUUCAACAAUAGAGAGUGUAAAGUGGAAGAAGGGUGCUUUUAGCAGAGCCAAGAAGUUUGGUUUAAAAUAGCUCAGUAUGGGGAGGCACAGUAUCUUAAUUUAGCCAAAUGUUAGGGUGGCUCAAGCACUUCACAAGUGUUUUUCUGAUUUUCAGGUUUUUCCUAAUUCCAGCUUCUGCCCAGUCUAAAUUUACUUGCCAUUUUAUUUAAGAGCUGAAGGAUAUAAUCUGCCAGAUUUUGUUUAUAAUCUGCAGGCAUCUGAUUUCCUGCGAAUUAUGAAGGCAAGCUCAGAGGAGACCUCCGUUGCCUUACUGCAGCAGUGCAGUUCCAAGUGCAGGCUGGCAGGGAGAGGGGCCCAGGAAACUGGAGCCUGGGAGCGUGGCACAUACAUAACCUCACACCAUGCCAGAGUAUCCACCCUGCCUGGGCAGCCCCUCUUCGCCUACCUUCUCCUCUCUUUCCUGCAGCCGCAGCAAAGGUGAACCUGAUCUCAGGUCAGAUGAGUUACUUUGUAUUUUUAGCUGAAUAUGUGAGCGGAAAAUUAUGAUGUUGGAUGUUUUAUAGAAGGAAAAUGAAGGAGGAAAUUAUAAUACAUAUUUCCUUUCAGCAGCAGGCAGUGAAGUAAAGUAACUAGUCUUUUACUUGUGACUAUUUGUCUAGGAAUAUCUCUGCACUAUGUAGGCAGUAAGUGUGCUAAGUUCCCAAAGUGCAGACAGAGGGGAUGCUCCAGAACUGUAUGUCUAAAGUAACUCAAGUUAUAACAUUAGUUACAACAAUUAACAAAGAAAUAGUAUUUUUUAAUCCAGUAACUGUGUUUGCCUGGGCAUCUCUUAGUGAUUACACCUGAUACAGUCUGAUAUCAGGUGCUAAUGAGUGCUUGGAUAGAUAAUUAACAAGGAAUGUCAGUUAUUGCAGGCAUAAACUAGGAUGAUACGUCAAGAAUCUGGCAAACACUGGAUCACCAAACUGCAGGAGGACUCUUUUUCCCAUUUGCAACAGGUGGAGUCAAGAGAGCAGUGCUAAGAAAAUGGCAAGUAUUCUAUAUGAUAUGCUAAGUCAGGGUACAGGUGUGGAAAAGCUCCUAGGUCACACUAUACCAUUUUAAAGAGCAGCAAGCAAAGAAGCGAAUGAGCAGAAAUAAGUAUUCAGUCAAAAUGCUGCAAUCUGAAAUCUCAACUGUAGGAUGUGCUGGCCUGUGUCGUGCUUUAUUAUUACUUUUGUUUUAAUGAAAGAUGCCAGAAAAGUCAGCUUUGGUAUUUCCACAAAGCAGAAUGAAUGCUCUGAGCUUUCACCCUGAAUCUUCUGUCACAACUGCUCAUUAACAUGGGGUUAAAUGAAAACAGAGCUGCUGGAAUAAUAUGAAAAAGGAAUGAUGACAAGCAGAGUAUAUGAUGUCAUAUAUCAUGCAAGAAGUUAAGGACAGUAAGAAUAGCCCAUAAACUUAAAAGCCACAGCAUCAAAUCCUGGACAAAUAUUUGUAUGUGUGUAUACAAAAGUAUGUUUUACCUAGCUGACAGGCGGGAAAGAUCUUGUUUUUCAAGUUUCUUGUUUUUUGAUCUUUGAACCAUCACAUGGAUCCUUUCCAAGUGGCACAUCUACCCCCUAUAGUUCUUUUGGGAGAAUUUUUGCAACUUACACACUCCUGUGCUUGCAGAGCAUACUUGUGUAUCAACCUUGUUUCCUUGGCUGCCUCAGUGGGAUGGGAGCCUGCUGGGUAUUUCCCUGCAGAAUGUGUGAGCAGCAUAAUAAUUGGUACUGGCCAGAAAACAAGCACUCGAUUUCAGGAGAGUCGGUGAGGUUACUGCAUUUGCUUUUCCUCUGCACUAAAACUAAACCUUGAAAAAACGUUUUGCACAAAAAAAGUACAGCAACCUUAUCAGAAACCACGGUAAGAUCCCUCACUGCUGGAUUAUAGCUUUGGUAUAGCUCUCACUUUCUUGCAAACUCUUCUAUUGCAGCUGUUCCAUUUUGUAUAAAUUAAACAUGUCUUGAAUAAAAAAAUAUUUUCUUCAUAA